AUGACCUCACCCUUCCUCUCUCCAUACGCAGUCGGCGAACCAGACACCGAGCCGCUCCUCAUCACCGUCCGCUUCUCCGCCUCAAUCCCCGACCUCCAACUAGACGUCCCAGAGCCCGAGACCACAACAGGCGCAGGUCUAAAGCAACUAAUCCGAGCGCAACUCGCCAAACCCCUGUCAUCCCACCGACUACGCCUCAUCUACGCCGGCCGCGGUCUCGAAGACACAGCCGCAUUAACAGCCUCACUAAAGCUCCCUUCGUCACCAAGCCGGAGCCCUCGCCCCGUAGCAGACCAACCCGAGACACCAGAAGAAAAUGGCAAAGGAAAGCAGGCGGUGCGCGAUACCCGCCCACGAAUUUACAUCCACUGCUCGAUCGGCGACAUCGUACUCUCAGACGCAGACUUAGCUAGCGAAGCAAGCGUGUCAUCAACGAUCCUUCUGCAACAGAAGCAACAGAAAACUAACACAGGAAAGAAACUUUUCGGCAAGGAUGUCUCGACAUCUCGUCACUCCCAGACCCAGACCCAGACCCAGACCCAGUCCCAGUCAACUACCACCACACCCGCACCCCGCGGUUUCGACCGCCUCCUCUCGGCCGGCUUCACGGCGGCUGAGGUCACCGCUCUGCGCUCCCAGUUCCUGGCCAUGCAGUCUGUUUCCCGGACGCCGGAUACUAUGCCUACUGGCGACCAGCUGCGGGAUCUUGAGGACCGCUGGAUGGAUGAGGGGUCGACGGCGGCGCAGGUGCAGGGUGGGUUUGGGGAGGGGGGUGGUAUCGGGGAUGACGAGGGCGGGAUUGGAUCUGGAUCGCGUGGGGCGAUGGAUGAUAUGCUUUGGGGCGCUGUUAUGGGGUUCUUUUGGCCUGUUGGUUGUGCGAUGUGGUUGCGCAGAGAGGAAGGGGUGUGGAGUUGGAGGAAGGGGGUGGCUGUUUGUGUGGGUGUUAUUGUUAAUGCUGUUUUUGGGGCGAUGAGGAUUAUGAACUGA